UGAUCUCUGUUGCUUUUCCUGCGCAGUGAAAGAAAAAACUACAACAUCAGAAAGCAGGACACAAAUAUUAAACUGGCGGCGUAGCUAAAAAAAACUCUAGGAGUCCCAAAAAAAUGUCCACAGAGGAGCUGUCAGCGUCGGACAGCGAGGCUCUCUUCGCCGGCGCCGGGAAGCGAUGGGCACCGGUGGGCGCCGUGGCUAGCCCCGAGGAUGAGCGCAGCUGCAGCGGGAGAAGGAACGCUGGUCAGCCGGGGCAGAGAGGCUCAUCGUCGGGCCUCGAGGAGGAGAUGACCGUUAAGAUGAAGAGGCUGGAGGACGAGCAGGACUUGCUGAACUCGUCUCUGCUCGCGCUCACCUCCCAUUUCGCUCAGGUGCAGUUCAGACUGAAGCAGAUAGUUCACGCACAGAGCGACGAGAAGGAGAGGAUGCUGGCCGAGCUGGAGGAGUUUGCGUUCAGGGGAUGCCCGCAUGUGGUGGGCUGCAGGGUGCAGGAUGCCACGCAGCUGGAGAACUCGAGUGAGAGAGAGAAGAGGGAGCGCCUGGAGGCUCAGAGAGAAAAACAGAAGGAUCUCAUUUUCCAACUGAAGACCCAGCUGGACGACCUGGAGCGCUUCGCCUACCAGGAAGGCAGCUACGACUCGCUGCCGCAGUCUGUCGUCAUGGAGAGACAGAAGGUCAUCAUUGACGAGCUGAUCAAGAAGCUGGACGUGAACCUGAACGAGGACAUCGGGAACUUGUCCCCCGAGGAGCUGAGGCACCGAGUGGACGCUGCCAUCGCUCAGAUAGUGAACCCGGCCCGGGUCAAAGAGCAGCUGGUGGACCAGCUCAAAACCCAGAUCAGAGACCUGGAGAUGUUCAUCAACUUUAUCCAAGACGAGGUGGGGAAUCCUCUGUUGCCAGAUGGACACAGCCAGCAGCCGCAAGCAGCAGGAACCAGCUCCAGAGCUGCGGGAGUGAAUAAGAAAGUGGACCCAGAACAGGCUCAGAAGAUGCGGGAGACGGGCCUGCAGCUGAUCCAGAAGGCGCUCGCCGUGCUGCAGAUUUUCGCUGCCAGCCAGUUUGGCUGCGCUCCCGGUCAUGUCCCUCAGAGCAUGUGGCCUCAGGACUCAUCGGUGCAGGACUACGGCCCCCUGCUGCAGCGUCUGGAGGCGGCCGUCGACAAGGUGCGAGUGCUGGGCUCGCGCAGGCAGCCGUCCCUCGAACACGUCGUCAACUACACCAGCAACGCGGCUCUGGGGCCCCGAGACGAGCUGACGACGUCCGUGAGGAAGGAGCUAGCUUUUGCUCUGAGAGACUUGUUGGCUCACGGACUCUUCUUGCCCUCCCAGACCAUGAGCCUGGUGCUGGCUCCCAUCUCCUGCCUGCUGCCUUACAGACCCGCUCCACAGACCAUGCACCCGUGGGAACUCUUUGUCAAAUACUACCACUCCAAAAACGGGAAGGAGUUCGUGGAGUCGCCUGCACGCCAGCUUUCGCAGUCCUUCAGCCUGCCUGUAGGGGGCGGCCCGGUGACCAUCACCCCUAAACAGUCUCUGCUGUGGGCCAUCCACACUGUGCUGAAGGAGCAUGGACGUUACAAGCGAGGACCGGACACAGAGUUCAAAGCGCUGGUGUGUAUGGCUCUGAAUGAGCAGCGGCUGGUGUCGUGGCUCAACCUGCUGUGUAAGACGGGGACUCUGAUACACCCACACUACUACUCCUGGAGCUACAUGGCUCAGACCGGCUUCGAGGGGGCUUUGCGCAUCCUGGGACGCAUCAGCCACCUCAAAUUUAACCUCCCCGUGGACCUGGCUGUGAGGCAACUGAAGAACAUUAAGGAUGCUUUCUGAGGAGGGACCAAAAAAAACAAAAAGACAUAAAACAAACCCACGAGAAGUAGAGAAACACUAGUCUCAGAAUUAAAGUAUUUUAUCAGCUAAAGUACACUGCUCUUACCUGGUAUUCAGGGCUGGAAGCAUGACUCUGUGCUUCAAGUAUGUAACAUUUUAAAGGCUGUUUAAAGGGGACUUAUCAUGCACAUUUCCUGCUCUAUAUUUUUUAAUCUGGGGCUUUACUAGAAUGUCUUUGCAUGAUUUACAGCUACAAAAAUCCUUAUUUAUCUUAUACUGCCUCUGUAUGCAGCCUCUCAGUUCAGCUUCGGACUUAAACAUGCUGUUUUAGCUCCUGUCUCCUUAAUCUGCCUCCUUCCCAUUCAGUCCCUUCUUCUUUUUCUCAUUCUUUAUUCAACAUAUAAACUUCUCAAAGCCUCAAUCUGAUCCAAAAUAUGCAAAUGGAGCUGAAAAAUCUCCAUUAACUCCAUAAAAACAACCAAAAAACCCCCACUAAAAGCAUGAUACGUCCCCUUUUAAGCAACCUCUCGUGUAAAGUACAAUUCUGUGACGUCUUACAGUACAUGCAUGGAUGAUUAUGUCGUGUGAGCUUCAGUCAUAAGCAACCUGCAUAUUUAACGUAUCCCGGUAUGUUUGAGAAAUGCCAAAAUAAUGUCAACUUGUACUGUAAAAAACCUGCCUUAGAAGUGAGAGAUAAAGUAAAGCUUUUCCUGACCUUACUGACCUGUGUUCAUCAUCAUAUCAUCCUCUCCUCCCCCUCCUCCUAUGCAGCACUUACACAGUAAUCAGUAUACUGUAAUGUUAGUUGAUAGCUGGACAAUCCAAGAGAAAAGGAGACAUAAUGAAAAGGGGGGGGGGGGCGACUUACUGUGGCUUUCACACAGUAAACCCAAAAAGCUUGUGAUGGAUUGGUGUGUGUAAAAGCUGCAUGUUGCUGCUCUGAAGAAAAGUGUGAAAUAUUUAGGUGGUGAAUCACGUGUAGCAAACUAGCAGAUUUUAAAGCACUCAGGUCAACUUGAAACAUAAUGAAGAAAAUUGUGAAAAGUGUUGGUUACAAAUAUGCAGCUAUCGACUUUGCUUCUCUCCUUGCUCCAUGCUUCAAACUUCCGAGGCUGUUCAUGCACGUCGUGUUUUCAGGUGUGUUAUUAAUAUUUUAAAGCCCCUGUAUGAACUGCUGCUGCUGCUGCUUUUUCCUCCUUGUUCCAGGUUGUAGUUAAGAAUCAAAUGACAGCGAUAUUGUACGUAAAGCAUUUAUUUGAUGAUGUUAAUUAACAGUUUAACAUGAAUCGAAGGAUGAUAAAGGUUUGUUUUUCAGAGGGAAUUCUCUUUUUUGAUCUUCCUGAGAGACUGAGUUGCACGAAUCCUAUCCUCGAAUAAUGAAUGUACAAAAAACCAUAGAUGCUAUUAAACUGAGGGUAGCUCCUAUCUGCUCCAUGUUCCCUUACUGUUUCUUCUGGUGUAUGUUUCAAACCUUUAAAGUGUUGGCGUGCUGAUAAAACAUCACCCUGUGUUUGUAUUUCCUGAGAUUAAGACACAUAUUUUAUAUCAGAAACACAUUUAUUUUACGUUACAGUUUCCUGUUUUUAGGCUGUGUGCUUCAAUGCCCCCCCCACCCCCGAUUUAGUUGCGUCUUGUUCUGCUGUUACAUUGUGAUUCAUGUACACGGACGUUUAUUUAUUGGACGGCAUGUUUCAGCUCAACACUGGAGUAGAUGAAACGUAUCAGAAACACUGUUAAAAGUAGCUGCUGUAGAUGUUCAG